UAUUGGGUCUCUGGCGGCCACCUGGAAGGUGAGCUGCUGGAGACACCUGGUGGUCACUGGGUCCUUCUCAAUCCUAAACUAACUCUUUUACGGAAGAAUGAGGGGGAGAUUACGACUCGCUCUUGUUUGCUACUAGGAAGCAAUUGCUCCAUUUCUUAGGCCUGAGGAUUUCUCUCUCUUUUUUUGUGAACCGGUAACUUCACGAUUAGGAAUGGGUUUGGAAGUUAGUCUCGGUUGGCCACGGCAUUCUUCCUUUCUCCUUCCUGCUUCAGGAGUCCACUUCCUUAAGAGCGAAUUAAUCUGCUAGAAAGAAGCUAUAAACAUCCAAACUCUGCUUCUCUGUCAUCCUGGGGAAACAGACUUGUAGGUUGCUUCCCACAGGUCGGGCUCCGUUACGGUGAUUUGAGAAAACAACGGCGCAAUGGGAGUCCAGGGACUUUGGAAACUGCUUGAGUGCUCGGGAAGACAGAUAAAUCCAGAAACACUGGAAGGAAAAAUUCUUGCUGUUGAUAUUAGCAUUUGGUUGAAUCAGGCACUUAAAGGAGUCAGAGACAGACAUGGAAACUCAGUUGAAAAUGCCCAUCUUCUUACUUUGUUUCAUCGACUUUGCAAGCUGUUGUUUUUCAGAAUUCGUCCAAUUUUUGUUUUUGAUGGAGAAGCACCACUGUUGAAGAAACAGACCUUGGCUAAGAGAAGACAAAGAAAAGAUUUGGCAUCUACUGACUCCAAGAAAACUACAGAAAAACUUUUGAAAACAUUCUUAAAAAGACAAGCUAUCAAAACUGCUUUGAGAGGCAAAAGAGAUGAAGUACUUCCUAGUCUUACUCAGGUUCAAAGAGAUGACAUAUAUGUUUUGCCUUCAUUACAAGAGGAGGAAAAAAAUAGUUCAGAAGAGGAAGAUGAAAAGGAAUGGCAAAUAAGAAUGAGUCAAAAACAAGCAUUACAGGAAGAGUUCUUUCAUAAUCCUCAUGCUAUAGAUAUUGAAUCUGAAGACUUCAGCUGUCUACCACCAGAAAUAAAGCAUGAAAUCUUGACUGAUAUGAAGGAAUUUACUAAGCGAAGAAGAACAUUGUUUGAAGCAAUGCCUGAGGAAUCCAAUGACUUUUCAGCAUAUCAACUCAAGGGCUUGCUUAAAAAAAACAACUUGAACCGACAUAUAGAAAGUGUACAAAAAGAGAUGAAUCAGCAGCAUUCAGGCGAGAUUCAAAAACAAUAUGAAAAUGAAGGUGGAUUUAUGAAGGUGGUGGAGUCAAGGAAAGUAAUUUCUGAAGAUACUUCUCAUUACAUCUUGAUAAAAGGCAGUCAAGCUGAGAAAGCUGAAGAAAUGGAUACUAAAUCAGUUCUUCCUUCUUCUAGUAAAAUGUGUAGCCCACAUCCUUUUGAUGCAAAACCAUCCUCAUCAUUUGAGAAGCUGAAGACAGAGAAAGACGUUAAGACUGAUGCAGCAGCUCCUCCUUCCCCAAGGACUUUAUUAGCUAUCCAGGCUGCCAUGAUGGAAAGUAGCUCAGAAGAAGAGGUAGAGAAUGAAAAUACAAAGAAAUUCAGUGUAAAAAAAGCAUAUUUUUCUGCAUCAGUAGAUGAAGGCUCUGUAUCACCUAGAUCUUUGCUAGCAAUUCAAGGAGUUCUUGAUGAUGAUGAUGAUGUGAAAGCAAAUGAUAGGAAAAACUCUCAGAAUGGAGUGUUAGAGAUUAAAGAGAUUCUUACAAAUAGAUCAGAAGAAGAAGAUGAAUUCCUUAAAGUUAGAGAAAGCAAAGGAAUACAGUUCACAACAAUGUCUCAUUCAGAAAAUACAAUAUUUGAGCAAGGAGAUGAUUGCAACAUUAAGAAUGAGCACAAAUCUGUAACUGCGAUUCAUUCAUCAAAUAAUAUCCUUUUAGAAAAGGAUGAGUCUAUUGUUAUGGAAGACACAGCACCAGUAAUUCACUCAGCAAAUGCAGUCUUUGAACCAAGUGUUAAAUCUAUUUGUAAGGAUAAAAAAGAAUUAAUAUUUACAAGUCAUUCCAAGAGCACAGUUAACGUAGAUAUUGUUGAAUCUGGGGUUGAGGAUAGAAAAGAUUUCAAAAUGACAACUAAGUUGACAAGUACAGUUUUUGUAUCUGAAGAAAAAGAAAACCCUGAGAUUCCUGAAUUAGAAAAGGACAUUUUCAUAUCCCCAACUAAGUGUGAUUACUCUGUUUUGCCUAUUUCAAACAAUGAGAUACAAUAUAAAAAAAAACAGUGUUUAGAAACUGAAACCAACUCUUAUGCCCUGUCAAUGAUAGGAAGUCAUAUUCUUGCUUCAGCAAAAACUGUAGCAAAUUGCAAGCCUCCUGAAAAUGAGGAUUCACAGAAACUUGUACAAGAUGGUAAAAAAAAUGAAUCUUUAGGUCAAGAGUUAAUAUCAGUAACAUCGGAGAUUCUUAACAGAAUGGACUCAGAAGAAGAAAGCGAAUCUGAUGGUAGUUUCAUUGAAGUAGACAGUGAAAGUAAUGGUGAUGAACUUCAGGUGGAAGUAUUCAGACCUCUCACUGAGCAUGGAGAAAAUUCAGUUACUGAAGAGGAGGCUGUAAAUCCGGAGAGAAAAGAGGCUGUUGAGGCCCCUGAAAAGCUCCUAAAAGAUUCUUCUGAAAGUAUGGAGUCAGCCAAGCAGCCAGAGGAAGAGAUUGAAAAAGGAACAGAUGAAAUGAUUGAUGAAUGGCAAGAUAUUAACUUGGAGGAACUGGAAACACUGGAGAACAAUCUUUUAGUUGAACAGAAUUCUUUGAAAGCUCAGAAACAGCAACAAGAACGGAUUGCUGCAACUGUAACAGGACAGAUGUUCUUGGAAAGUCAGGAACUUCUAAGAUUAUUUGGCAUUCCUUACAUCGAGGCUCCUAUGGAAGCAGAGGCUCAGUGUGCCAUUUUGGACUUGACUGAUCAGACUUCUGGAACAAUCACUGAUGAUAGUGAUAUUUGGCUUUUUGGAGCACGACAUGUGUAUAAAAACUUCUUUAGUAAAGACAAGUUUGUAGAAUAUUACCAGUAUAUAGACUUUCACAAUCAACUAGGAUUAGACCGGAGCAAACUGAUUAAUCUAGCCUAUUUGCUUGGAAGUGAUUACACAGAAGGGAUACCAAGUGUUGGUUGUGUUACAGCUAUGGAAAUUCUCAAUGAAUUCCCUGGACGUGGCUUGGAGCCUCUCUUAAAAUUUUCAGAAUGGUGGAAUGAAGCUCAAAAGACUAAGAAAAUAAGACCAAAUCCCCAUGACACCAAGGUGAAAAAGAAAUUGCGACAGUUGCAACUUUCUCCUGGAUUUCCUAACCCGGCUGUUGCAGAAGCUUACCUGAAACCUGUGGUAGAUGACUCAAAAGGAGCAUUCUUAUGGGGAAAACCAGAUCUUGAAAAAAUUAGAGAGUUUUGUCAGCGUUAUUUUGGCUGGAACAAAACAAAGACAGAUGAAUCUUUGUUACCUGUACUAAAACAGCUGAAUACACACCAGACACAGCUCCACAUUGAUUCUUUCUUUAGGCUGAUACAACAUGAGAAACAACAUGUUAAAGGAAUUAAGAGCCAGAGACUCAACAGAGCUGUGACAUGUAUGCUCAGGAAAGAAAGAGAAGAAGAAACUGAUGAAAUAGAAGCAUCUACUGCUGCCAUGGAGAGAGAAUUUAAAUCGCUUGAAAAAACAAAGGACAAAAAUGGGAAGAAAAACAUAGAAAGUAAAUUGGAAAAACAUCAACAUUUAAAAAGAAAAGUAUUUUCCACUGCCAGCCUGGAGAAUAAAUGUGGUGGAGGUGGCUUUGUUGGGGAAGCUUAUUUGUCAGACUCAUUUGAUGUAUCUUUAGGGGAGGAUUCUGAAAGCACAUCUUCAAACCAGGUCAAGAGGGGAAAACCUACUAAACAAUCAAAUAUUGUCUCUUCAAGUUUUCAGGAAAUAAGACAACAUAAUCCUGAGAAGAAUGAAGAAGGGACUAGCAGCUCUAGUGAUGAAGAUGGAAAAGGACCACAAAUGGUUAUGGUGACUGCUAAAUCUGUAUUUGAGAAAAAAAAAGGGAAACAAAGAAAUGUGAGGGGGAAGAAAAGAAAACCAUAAUCUACCUAUCUUUCUAUCUGUAGCUGUGAAAACCAUUGGGGAAGAGAUAAAGGGCUGGCCCCAGAGUCAAGAUGACCUGGAUUCCAAUCUUGCCUCUGAUACAUAUUGUGUGACUUUAGGCAACUUACUUGUUGGUACCUCAGGCAACUACUUAAGAUUUGAGUUUUGGAAUAGUUGCUGGUCUGCAUUGGUAGAGGGAUAUAUAUAUAUUUUUUACCAUGAAAUCACAGGUCUGGAUUUAGAUACAUGUAUCUAUUUAUAAAGAGAGAAAUCAGGUGUAAUGAAAUUUCAUAAUGAAUUUGCUAUAGAGACAAAAUAAAAUUCAACAAACUCUAA